AUGCUAAGGGAAUUUGUAUCUCGCUUUCAGAUGGAGCAAAUGGAAUUACUGCCAGUCUCCGAUGACUGGGCAGUACAGGCCUUCACCCAGGGCUUGAACGAGCAAAGCUCUGUAGCUUCGAAGCAGCUAAAGGAAAAUUUGAUCGAGUAUCCUGCCAAAACUUGGGCGGACGUGCACAACAGGUACCAGCGGAAGAUCAGUGUCGAAGACAACCAAUUAGGAGCCCCUUUGGGCUUAGUAUAUCCUAGCAGGUUCGUAAUAAAGGAACAAAGGUUUGUAGAAAGGGAGCCGAGACCUAAAAAAGAAAGAUACCGGCCGUAUGUGGAAGAUCGAAGGAAUGCCCCGAAACGUAACAUACCGUGCGGUAAUCGAAGGACAGAUCGGAGUCAAAAUUCCCAGGGACUCAUGAAUAAAACUGGGUUCGAUAGGCACACUGGGCCAAUAGAAGCACCCCGGCUAUCCGAGUACAACUUCAACAUCGAUGUCUCGCACAUCAUGUCAGCCACAGGUAAAAUAAAAGAUACCAGGUGGCCAAGACCCAUACUGUUGGACCCUUCACAGAGAAAUCCUAACUUGGUAUGCAAAUAUCACGGCACUCACGGUCAUAAGACCGAGGACUGCAGACAGCUUCAGGAAGAGGAAGAACGAGCCAGAAGAACCACAGCACGUCAUCCACAUGAUCAUCGGAGGGAUCGAAGCCCCGCAGGGACCCAUUAUCAAGCGAACAGAAAUAUCCAUCACCAGAGAAAAGCGGACUCGAAGUUACAUUCUAGAGGAGGCUCUCACGUCCAGCGAAGAAGACAACGAGCCCUUGUCUCAGCCUCAUAA